AUGGGUUAUCAUUUGAAGAAUUUAAGGAUUUAUGAAGAUGAUGUUAAAGAUAUCUCGGAUUUAAAAAGGGAGGGAUCCAAAAGGAUUGUUAGGCUCGUUGAUGAAACUUCAUGGGAUGAAAUAUUAUUGAUAGGUUGGCAAACGAAAAAUUUGGAAGCUGGGUUGAAAUAUUUUAGUGAAAAUUGGAUGAACAUCAAAAAUUCAGACAAGAUGAAUAAUAUCAUUUCUAAUGCAAAUUUUGAUUGGCUUGAUGAAUUGUUUAAGGCAAAACUAUUUG